AUCGAACAGCAAAAAUGUACACCGUUAGCAGCGGAAUGGAGUGGCUACGAAUCGUUUCCUGCCUUCUAGUGACCUUCACGAUAUUACCGAUUCAACAGAGCUAUGGUCAACUGACGCUUGAACAGAUGCGAAUCGUGUCGACACGUACGAAUGAAUCCCACUUCGACAGCAUGCUCAAAAGCAUCCUCAAACCCCGAAUCGUUGGAACAGCCACACACAGUGAGGUCAAGCGCAGUAUCAUCCAGGAGCUCAAAACUCUUGGCUUCACCGUGGAGCUGGACGAGUUCAACCAGAAGGCACCGCAUUUUGGAAUGCUAAAAUUUACCAACAUCGUGGGCAAACUGAAUCCGGAUGCGGACAAAUAUCUAGCCCUCGCCUGUCACUACGAUAGUAAAUACUUUCGCGAGCACGCAUUCGUUGGUGCGGUCGAUUCUGCCGUCCCCUGUGCAAUGAUGCUGAAUUUAGCGAAAACUACCGAAUCAGCACUGAAGCUGCUGCGCAACAAUACCGACCUAAGCUUGAUGUUGCUGUUCUUCGAUGGGGAGGAAGCCUUCCGCAAGUGGUCCGCAACUGAUUCGCUGUACGGUUCGAAACAUUUGGCCACCAAAUGGACUACCGCACCGUACGUUUCGAAGGCUUUGGGCAAAUCGAUGCGUGAAAUCGAUCGCGUCCAGUUGCUGGUGCUGUUGGAUUUGAUUGGCAGUGAGAAUCCAAAGUUCUACAACUUCUUUCCCAACACACGCAACUACCAGCGACGGUUAAGUAAGAUCGAGAACACACUUCGGCAGAACAAACUUCUGGUGAAGGAUCCGAAGAGCAGCGAGAUGUUUCUCGAUCAAACGUUGUACAAUCGGAUCGAAGACGAUCAUCUUCCUUUCCUGAAGAGAAACAUCCCAGUGCUACAUUUGAUUCCCGUUCCGUUUCCCAAACACUGGCACAAACCGGAAGACAACGAAGCUAACCUGAGCCGGCCUACGAUCAAGAACGUUAACGCUAUUUUACGAAUAUUUAUGCUAGAACAUUUAACGUUUUGCAACAGCAAAUAUGGACGUUCGGUGCAAACAUGCUUGCAGUAAUAAUAGUGCGU